AUUCCUCCCUCUUCGGCAUAUAUUAUCUUAUAAAUGGGCCGCCCCCCCAAAAAAAAAAAUUUGAUAAAGGGAACCUUAUUCCAGAAGAGGAAUCAUUCAUUUGAAGUUGUCUGUGGGUUCAUGGUUGUUUGCCUAUGUUCCUCUCUGAUGACAGGAGUUUGAGAGACAGCUAGCUGCAAAAUAAGCUUCUCUUCCUCAGGAACCAGCUUCAGAUGAUGAUAAUGCUGUAACUCUUCUCGUUCGGAUGCCUGAUGGUAGCCGCCGUGGCCGUCGCUUUCUCAAGUUAGACAGGCUCCAGCCUUUUUUUGACUUCAUUGAUGUGGGUGGUUCCGUUAAACCUGGUACCUACAAACUGGCUGGACAGGUGAGGCCAUACCCUCGGCGUGCUUUCAGUGAUGGUGAUAGUGAAUUAUCUCUGGGUGAACUAGGUCUAACCAGCAAACCAGAAGCCUUAUUUAUGGAAUUGGUUUAGGAAAGAUUAUUACCCUAAUUGUAAGUAGGAAAACACAGGAAAAGGAGAGUACCUUUGAAAAUUCCAUUGUAACAACAAAACAUGCAUGAUGUAACGGUUCUUGGCUGGUGAUGUUAUUGUUGGAGCCCAUCAAAAUGCCAGAACACAGCAAAAAUGCUGCUUCAUCUGAAGCUGAAAAUAGAAUAUGAUUGAACUCUUUCCAGCCA